AUGAAUGACACGUUUAUCUUCUUUUACUUUAGGUCAACAGAUGAUCAGUUCAAAUUAAAAUUGGCUCAAAAGAAGUCUGCUUUGAUUGAACUAACAAGUAAUUCAGGAAGAAUGAUCAUUGGAUUAUUUACUACGAUAAUUAUUGGUCAUAUAUCUGAUUUGUACGGUCGACGAAUAGCACUUGGCAUUCUGUUAAUCGGAGAGAUUUUCCACAUUGGAAUUACAAGCCUAAUUAUUUUAUUUGAAUGGAAUCCAUGGUUCAUUUUCAUCCCUGGUAUAUUUGAGGCAGUAUUUGGUGGCGGUCUUUUGUGCAUAUUUGCCAUAGUAGCGGCCAUUCUCGUUGAUGUCGUGCAGUUAACGAACAAUGAUGACGAUAUAAAUAAUAAUAGUAAUAGUGGAAUCAUCAGUCACGAAAAAAAGAAAACCUAUGAUCAAAAGUUAUGGAUAUUAUUUACAAUAUUUGAUAGUAUAUCAAGUUUAAGUGCUUCAUUUUCCAGUCCAGUAUCAGGUAUCAUAAUUUAUACUUAUGGACUGAAAGCUUCUGUGAUUGCUUACGUUAGUUUGUUCAUCCCAAGUUUAAUACUGAUUUUCAUCUUACCAGAGACAAACAAAAAUAGAAAAACCUUAUUCAAACAAAAUGGUACUAGUCAGGAAAAUAUACCUCACAUGAAAAAACAGUCGAUGACGAUUAAUGAAAAUAACAAAACAUCCGAUGUUUAUCAAAUCGACAUUGAAAUAAAAUAUAAAUGGAGCGAUAAAUUUAAGACAUACCAUGGUAUUUUGAAAUACCUGGAUGGCUUCACUAUCACACUUGGAUUCAUUGUGAUGUUGGGCACAAUAGCUAUACUAACAGAUCUUCAGUAUGUAGUUGUUUAUCUUAUGGGUUCACCUUUUCUGUGGAAUCCUCAACAAGUUGGCAUAUAUGUCGGAUUAACAGAUUUCAUCUCUGCUAUUCUUGCAGUUACUUUCACAGUUGUUGUAGUGAAAAUCCAACAGAGACAACAGCGUAAUGAGAAUCAAGACUACAAAAUUUGUCAUCAUGGUGGAGUAGAAAAACAUUCAAAACCAUAUAUGCGACAAUGAAGUGGCUAAUACUUGCUCUGGCUAUCUGUCUAAUUUUUAUGAUUAUCAACAAAGCACUCAUGGCUGCUGCGUACAGACAGACCUGUAAAUA